GAGGGGGGGGGAAGGAGAGAAAAGGUGGGAGUGAACUCGGUUCUCCGUUGCUCCUAUUGGCCGGCGCUCCGCCGAAGAGAAAUACCUUUCUUAUUGGCUGAAGGAAAGAGGGCGCCUGUGUCCGGUUGGCUGUUGGGCUCGCGCAGCCUUCGACGAUUUUGCUCUCUCGGUCUCUCCCUUACGGGUGGGCGGGGCUCACUUUCCCCGGCGCUUGGCGGCGGCGGCCUGAGGUGAGGACGUGAAAGUGGAGUGGCUGAGGUUUGAUGAGGUUUUCCGCCGAGAAUCUGUAAAACAGCAACAUGAACUGCUGUGUGGGUGCUUCCUGAUGGAAGAUUGGUGCUAAAAGAAAGACUCUACAGUCUUCAGCUAGCAGGAUUUUGACAAUUCUCCAGUUGCCUUGGGAGCUGGGGAGGUUGCUGUCUCUGAGCAGAUAUUUGCCAUUUCCUGCCUGGAUGCAAAGCAGUACUUGAAUCACAUCUGCUACUUUCAUACUUGAGGAACCAUAUUUUUUGCUGUGUAACAGACAUUAAAUAAGACAAGCUAUUAUGUCUAAGAAGCAAAACCAAAAAGAUUUGUCAGGAUUCAUAUUUGAUGUGCAGUCAAAUACUGUAAUGGCCCAAGGAGGUACCUUUGAAAAUAUGAAAGAGAAGAUUAGUGCCGUGAGAGCGAUAGUCCCUAACCGCAGCAACAAUGAGAUUAUCCUAGUGCUGCAACACUUUGAUAAUUGUGUAGAUCGAACUGUACAGGCUUUCAUGGAAGGUAGUGCUGCUGCAGUGUUGAAAGAAUGGACGGUAACGGGCAAGAAAAAGAACAAAAAGAAGAAGACCAAAUCAAAAACCCCUGCAGAAUCGAGUGUCAAUGUUCCUGAUUCCAGCAAGCCAGCGGCCCCUGAAGAAGAACAGUCUGCCGUUUCAUCAGAGAAGGGCGGGAUUAACGGUUACCAUGUCAAUGGUUCGGCCAAUGACACAGAGUCUGUGGACUCACUCAGUGAAGGCUUGGAGACACUUUCCAUUGAUGCAAGAGAGUUAGAGGAGAGUGAGUCUGCUAUGCCUGAGGCUCCUGAUGGGACAGCAUUGUUACAGUUUGAAAAUGGAAUAACCAACUUGAGUCCAAAAUCUGCAAGCACGCGGUCUUCCCAGAAUACCCAGCCCCUCAGAGUGCAACCUGAAUUGAGAAACGCUGGCAAGUCACUUUCCAGACCUGCUUCCAGCACCCAAUCUCCAGCUCUUUCAUCCCUAACAAUGCUGGAUGAGGUCCCUGUGCCCCCUGGAAACAAAAAACUAGGUUCCAAUAUUGAAAAAUCGGUAAAAGACCUCCAGCGAUGCACCGUGUCACUGUCCCGGUAUCGGGUUGUGGUUAAAGAAGAGAUGGAUGCUUCUAUUAAGAAAAUGAAGCAGGUCUUUGCAGAGCUGCAGAGUUGCCUCAUGGAUCGAGAAGUAGCCCUACUUGGUGAAAUGGACAAAGUAAAAGCAGAAGCAAUGGAAAUCCUAAUCAGCCGCCAAAAGAAGGCAGGGGCACUGAAGAAACUAACCGAUGUAGCAGUCCGAAUGUCAGAAGAACAGCUGGUAGAACUUAGAGCGGAUAUAAAGCACUUUGUUAGUGAGCGCAAAUACGAUGAAGAUCUCGGCAGGGUGGCUCGCUUCACUUGUGACUUGGAUUCCCUAAAGAAAAGCAUUGAAUCCUUUGGACAAGUUUCACAUCCAAAGAACAGUUAUUCAACCAGAUCACGGUGUAGCUCUAUUUCCUCCACAGCGGUGAGCAGUCCGGAUAAGUCCGCUACCACAGUGUGUGCCUCUAUCUCUUCUCCUAGCCUCAUAAUGGCCAAUAAGAAACCAUCAUCCCCUAUAGAAACCUCCACAAAUGCAACAAGCCGCCCAUCUCAGUCCCAUCGGGAGGGGUUCCAGGGAAAUAGAAGGUCUGGUCAAGGUUACCGGUCCCAAGGACAACGCCAAAAUGGCUCAUCGCAUCUCAAUUCAAAUCGCUAUAGAAAUGGGUCUUGGUACCAGUCCAACUACAAAUCCCGACCACCCUCCGGAAACUCAAACAACCUCAACCAGACUUGCCCCACCGGAAUCAAUGGAACUGGGCCUGGUCCUGAGCCAGGCCCACCAGCCCCGUCCCUACAGACACAUUUGGUCCCACUCAGCCCAGAAGCCAAGGCUCUGCCACAGAGGAAACCUAGAUCAAGCCAAUACGAGGCAUCCAGUUCCUGAGGACCGCAAACUCGGCCACUUUCCAAAAUUGAAGAACAAGAUUGCGGGACACACUUAGCUAGAGAUAUUAAUGAGAAAGGAAAUUUACACUUUGCUAUCCCUGUGCUGUCUCUUUUUCCCAAUCAUUCCAUUCCGGGAAAGCAGUUUCUUCGCAUUUCUCUUGCCCCUGCUUCCUACAGUGUGAAAUGGGUCAGAUUUUAAUCGGAAGACAUAUUCUUGCUGUUCAGGAGUGGCUUGGCACACCUUACUGAUGCCCCUCCUUAUGUCCAACAGCUCCUUUUAACAUUAGAGCCUUUUUAAAAUAUUGGCAGGUCUGUAUCCUAAAAGUGGGGUGGGGGUGGGGGGGGAAUGCCUUCCAGUAGUUCUAAUCCAAAACUUUCUGAUCCCUGCUCCGACCAGAGUGCCAGUAGCAGGCCUUAUUUUUAACAGCAAAAGGUAUUCAUGCUGACAGUGAAACAGGUUGCUGUGCAUUGUGGGUUCAGGAUGAGAAAUUUGAAGAGGGAAAUCUGCAAGAGAUUGCUGAAAUACUAUAUUCUUUUUUUGAAACUUAUCCUUAAAGUCUACACUUGGGAAUACUGGGGAAUAUCUCUUUCCGUAGUGGGUGAGCAAGUUCCAUUCUUUCCGAGAGAAUUAACAUUCUGUCUAUAUGUCAUGUAUAAAUUUAGAUAUUCCCUGGUUUUAAUGUUUGGUGUGGGAUGGGAGGUUUCAUUUUUUUUCACUUCCCGGCCAAAAUCCCAUUAUCUGAUUCUAAACUAAAUUUCUAGCAAUUUAUUAGUAAUGCUAAGCCUAAAUGAUCGCAAGUAAAAGCAACAAUUGCUACAGUCUCUCUAUCCUUGUAUAAAUAAAAGCAACGUACAUGUUUAAAAGAUAGUAGCCUUCACUUUGUGCCAUUUCUUCUCUUUAAAAAGAGUUCAUAGAAAAUGGGUUUCCUACAGAAGUGGGUUAGAUUAAUUUAGGAUUAGUUUAAUUUCAAAGAACAAAAAAAAAUGUCUGGACUAUUUUGAGUAUAGUUAGUUUGGGUAUCUAGUUUGCUGCUGCAGCUGAUAAAUGAGGUAGGAAAAAUAAUAAGACCUUUAGCGAUAACAGUAGAUAAUUCAGAAUGUUCAAUUUGGGCUUCAGGCUUGGACUCACAAGAGUAAAGGAAAAAAAGGGGGGGGGAUCAGUCUUUGGAAAAAUAAUGGAUCUCAAAAUAUUUUGUGUAGGAUGGUAAGAGUGUUUAAGAAACUUCAAAGAAUCUGAGCAUUGCACACACAGUCAUGCUAUGUGAUAGCACCUAUAUUGCAGAUAACUGAAAAUGGUGAUUUGCUUGAGACUAGUCAAUCACUUUAUUGCAGAAGUGAAGUUCAGAUCAGUUUCUUAGCACACUAUUUAUAUUAAUACAAGUGGAGUACCAAAAUACUAAAUCAUAAAGAAUGAUUAGAAUGUUUUACUGUGAUUGGUCCUAGAUGAUAGUAGGCAGUAAUAAAUGGUUAAUUUAAAAGCAUAUAGUAGAAGUAUUCCGGUUAAUAAAACCUUUUCUCAGUAAAGAUUUGCCUAAGGUACAAUUUCUCAAAUCUGAUACUAAGUUAUGGAAAUGAAUAGUCAAAGCAUCUGAGUCAGUGUUUCUCAACCUUGACAAUUUUAAGGCAUGUGGACUUCAACUCCCAGAAUUCUACAGCCAGCAUUGCUGGCUGUGGAAUUCUGGGAGUUGAAGUCCACAUGUCUUAAAAUUGUCAAGGUUGAGAAACACUGAAGUGAUCAUCCAGAAGACUUGAUGUCUGGCAAAAAAAAAUCUGUGCAUGGCCAAAGCCUCGGCAGUAGGAAAACAAGUGAGAUUCACACUCAUCUUUCUAUUUUGCAUUGAAACUAACUUGAAUCUGGUUACUGAAUAUCAGCCUGAGAUCGUUUAGGCAUAAGUUAGAGAUACAAUUAUAGAACUGAGCUUUAAAUUAGGAAGCUUUUCAACCAGCCUUAAAAAAAAAGACAAAAUUGGUUUGAAAAGGAAAAUUGGAGAAGUACAGUUAAGAUUUCAGAAACAAUUGCAGUAAUGGCUGUAUGUGUUACUACCUCAGAUGAUAACUACCAAGAACCAGAAAGCCCUUACUGUCACAUUUAAUAUUUUAAAGUAUUUCCCUCUCCCAACUCCAUGUGUAUGCCUGAAUGGAUUGUAAUGUCUUCACUGGCUGUUGCAUCAAGCCCUAAAAGUCUUUUCCUUUUGAAAUUUCAGCUAGCAAAAGGCCAUCCUGUGGCUAAGACGAGGCAUAUGAAGAUGAAUCAUAAAUUCACUAUGGGAGUCACUAUGGUUAUUGUGCGGCUGGAAGCUUUUCUCAAGCCUUUUAUACAACCUAAACAUGAAGACAAUAACCAAUCUACCUGAUCAAUGUAUUUAGGUUUGCUGAAAUAAAAUAUAUGAACUAAUUUGGGUAACUGAAGUACGUUAUUGAUGUGUAAUAUUAUUCACAAUGAUGCAAUUUUAUCUUCUCAUAUCAAUAAAGGCAUUUUCUUCA